AUGGCGGGUAGAGGGGCUGGCCAGCGUCGUCGCCGCCGCGCAAAUGCGGCUAACAAGACGCGAUUCGUGCGUGAAAUGGUGAUUAAACCGCGUUGGCUAUGGUGCAUGUGCUGCCUUAGUACCUCUGUGAAGCAUUUCAAGCCCGAAAUCAUGGAGGCCCAGGAAGUUUUCGAGAUUGACUGUGUCCUCGGUGGGGAGGAAUCCAUUCUGGGAUAUGACUUCGGCAUAUACAGUCUAUCCUACGCCACGGUCAAAUCUAUGCAAUGUAACCAGAUUUACACGAGUAUCAUUGACUGGGUGGCCACUUCUGGAGAUGCAAAUUAUUUAGGAUUUGCCUCUGACAAUCGUCGUGCAAAGGUGGCCCUAACUCGCGCACGGUCAUGUCUCAUUGUUGUUGCUGAUGGUAACAUGAUCAACAAUAAUCAACUCGGUGAUGAAAGCAAGAGAAACGAUCAGCGCGUCGACACAAUCCUCUGUGCAGCCCACUAUGGCACCUUUAGCUAUCCCCCGACCAUCACUCGCCUAGCUGAUAAGGAUAAGUCUUGCACGUGCGAGACAUAUAUACCUUAUCUCGAUGGACACGUCUCGCAUAUGCCAGACAAGUAUACCAACCCAAGACAUCGAGCGAUCCCGGUGUCUUCAUCAACAGAGGCACGAGAUUAUAUGGAAAGAUUUCUACACGGACCUACAGAGGAAACCUCGCUCCUGAAGGCGUCACGGGAUGUUGUCACUACAAAAAUCCGCCAGAACUUGGAGAGGGCCUCUAAGCUGUGCAGUUGGGAGUAUGAUCCUGAUCAUAAAAUUCUGGAAGUCAAAGUGAUUGUUUCUUCUCUACAUGCCGCCUUCAACGGAAGUUUCGCCUGCACUGUUACAGAGGCUUUAUUUACUAUAUUCACAAAAGACUAG